GAAGAACAACAAUGCCUCCUCAAAAAAGAAAAAGAACAAAGAAGAAUCUCAUCGGAAAAUCACUCACCAAAUUCACCAACGUUUCUCUGAACAUCACCAAACACUUGUUAUCCAAUCAAAAACUCAAUGAAAAGAACAUUGUGUUUUCACCAUUAUCGCUCAACACCGUACUCAUUAUGAUCGCUACCGGCUCCGAGGGUCCCACACAAAACCAACUUCUCUCCUUCCUCCAGUCUGAAUCCACCGGUGAUCUCAAAUCGUUAUGCUCUCAGGUUGUUUCUUCUGUGCUCUCCGACGGGGCUCGUGCUGGUGGCCCUUGCUUGUCUUACGUCAAUGGUGUGUGGGUUGAAAAAUCACUUCCUCUUCAACCUUCCUUCAAACAACUCAUGACUACUGAUUUCGAAGCGACUCUUUCUGCUGUUGAUUUCGUCAACAAGGCUUAUUUUGCAACUCAGUUUCUCAUAACUGUCUCCAAAUGUGGUGUAUGGAACAGAAUGUUUAACUCUUUUCUUAUAAUGCUCGUGAAAAAAUUCAGAUGA